CAGAUGUUCCUUUUACAGCUGCAGCAUCCCAGGUUCAGCCCCUGUUCACCACGGCUGGACCCAGCUCCUGCAGACACUGCCAGCAUUCCAGUAGCAGGGAGAAACUUGCUGUCUUAAUGCUGAAGGAACAAAUUAAACACUGCUCCUCAGGAUGGUUUCUCUCAGCUGUUCUCCAUGGAGAUGGUUGCUUUUGCUGCUCAGCGAAGUCGGAUGUGUAUAAGGGAAUCUUAGCUGGACUGGCUGGCUUAGGCAUGGCUAGUGCUCUCUUGGUGGUUUCUUUACAGCUCUUGAACUGAGCCUGGCUUGCUGCUAGCCAGCUAGGAAUGGAGCGAUCAAACUAGCAGUUGCUGCUUUGUAUCUAUACAGAUACCUCUAGAAAACAGGGAUUUAAGAUAUUUUAGUAAAUUGUGUAGUCCAUCCUCCUUCAGGAAAUUCCAUUAUUAAAAUAUGUGGGAAUAACUUCUUCCUAAAAGCCUUUAAAAAAAAAAAUUUCUACACUUUCCCCAGGCAGUCUUAGCGAUAAUUUCAGUUAUAUAGCUUUUAAAUUGUCUAACUUCCAUCUUUCUUUAUACAGUUUCAGCCUAUGAUCUGAUCACUUGGCAAUUCCCAAGUGAAGAACUUACUUUGCUACAAAAAGGGGGUAAAUCUCCCAUACAUCUGAAGUCUAUUAUAAUGUUUCUGCUCUUCCCUUCCAUAACCUGAGUAAAAUCAGUUCUUUCCAUCUUUCCACAUCGAUGUUGGUUUAUAUACCUCUGAUGACUCUUAGUCGAAAUAAAUAAGGAGUCCAGAGGACUUGUAUUUUGGGGCAUAUUUCUUAUUAAAAGUGACACCCAGAACUAGACACAAUGUUCCAUCUGAAGUUCGACCAGUACUGCCUUGGUGUUUUAAAUUCCAAAGUUCCUAAAAUAUUUUCACUGUUGAGUAACUGGAAUGAAGUUCAUCAACUUCUUUGCUGGCAUGAAUUUACCUCAGCAGAAAAUCUGGUCAAAGCAUCUGUGUAUCAGAGAGCGUGUGACUCUCUUUCCACAGCUGAUGUGUAGGGAAUAUCACAAGAACAACAGAUCUUGUACUAUUUUUACCCGUUAAAUUGCGAUCUGCUGAUUAAACCAGGAUGAUGAUCCUUACAGGUUUGUUCCUGUUACGACGCCCAAGUUCUGGGGCAGUGCAGGUCAAAGUGUGCUUUAGGUCAUCCCAAGCCAUAGUAAGAUAGCAGCCAAGUUUGAGGUAUAUUCCCUCUGUGGUCUGAAUGUUUGGAUAAGAGGUGAAUGCAUUUCCUUUUCCUCUGACAGACCUGAAAAACCCUUGUCAGCUGUUUUCUUGCCUUAAUUUAAACAGGAUGUCUUAUAUUUUACUUAGCCAAUCACUUUUAUACAUCCCAAUAAGAGGAUGGUGUUUUUUUUCCCAACAUCAAGUCACUACUGCCUCAUCUCCAGGUUUGGUUAUCAGUAAGCCACAGAUCUUUUCUGCAAGAAAAAAAGUUUGUGCAGUUGAUAACUCCUGCCUAAAGGCAGCAUUUUGCAGCUGUUGUAAGUGAAUUGCGUUCUGUUUAGUUCAGGCUAUUCUUCUAAUUUCAAGUUCCUUUUGAAUUUCAAUUCUCCUCUUCAAAAGGCAAUGCAGCAGUUCUACUAGUGCAAAUUCAUAGUCUACACAGGUGAGCAAAUACACUGUGUAUAAAUUUCUCCUUAAAAAUGUAUUCAUAACCCAUAUGAAAAUAAUAGCUAUAAAUGUAAUUAAUACAAUUGCUGUUAUUUAUUCCUCACAGAUGUACUUUAAGAAUAAAAAGCCUGUAGCUUGAAUAUAUUUAUUGCAAAUUCUUUAUCUUAGAACUUGAAACUGAAUUUGCCAAGUACAUAUUCAGGAUUAGUUAAGGAAAUCAUGUGGGCAUUUCAUUAUGUCUUUUUGAGCCUUGGGCUUUUACAGGUGUUUUGUUUUGGUUUUGAGGUAUUUCUACUCUCCCUUCUCUGUGUUUCUGGUUCAUCAAAUAAGCUAAUUAUCUUGGGGUUUGCCAUUACAGUGUUGAAUGAACCAUGCCACUGUCAAUGGAUCCUGUUAUGCUAGAGCAUUACUGGAUGUCACCCGCAGGUACCAGAUACACACCGGCCUUCAGCACUCCAUUAUACGUCCAAGCCAGCCCAACUGCUUACCUCUGGAUAACAUCACACUACCUCAGAAGCUGAAGGAGGUUGGUUAUUCAACGCACAUGGUUGGCAAAUGGCACUUGGGAUUUUAUCGCAGAGAAUGCAUGCCCACGCAGAGAGGAUUUGACACUUUCUUCGGCUCCCUUUUAGGCAGCGGCGACUAUUACACCCACUUCAAAUGUGACAGCCCUGGGAUAUGUGGCUAUGACCUGUAUGAGAAUGACAAUGCAGCUUGGGAUCACGACAACGGCAUCUACUCCACACAGAUGUACACACAGAAAGUACAACAAAUCUUGGCUUCUCAUAACCCCAGGAAACCUAUAUUCCUCUAUAUUGCUUACCAAGCUGUUCAUUCGCCUUUGCAGGCACCAGGCAAGUAUUUUGAACAUUAUCGAUCGAUAAAUAACAUCAAUAGGCGAAGAUAUGCUGCAAUGCUGGCUUGUUUGGAUGAAGCCAUAAACAAUGUAACCCUUGCUUUAAAGCAGCAUGGCUACUAUGAGAAUAGCAUUAUCAUAUAUUCUUCAGAUAAUGGUGGGCAGCCAAUGGCUGGAGGAAGCAACUGGCCUCUCCGAGGAAGCAAAGGGACCUAUUGGGAAGGAGGGAUCCGCGCUGUUGGAUUUGUCCAUAGUCCCCUUCUGAAAAACAAAGGGUCUGUGUGUAAGGAGCUUGUGCACAUCACAGACUGGUUCCCCACUUUGAUCACUCUGGCAGAAGGGCAGAUCGAUGAAGAUAUCCAGCUGGAUGGUUAUGAUAUAUGGGAAACCAUUAGUGAAGGCAGACGUUCUCCACGGGUAGACAUCCUGCACAACAUUGACCCAAUUUACACCAAAGCCAAAAAUGGGUCCUGGGCAGCUGGCUAUGGGAUCUGGAACACUGCGAUUCAGUCUGCCAUCAGAGUGAAUCAUUGGAAACUACUGACAGGAAAUCCAGGAUACAGUGACUGGGUACCUCCACAGGCCUUCAGUAACGCAGGCCCCAAUCGCUGGCACAACGAACGUGUUUCUUGGUCAGCUGGCAAAACAGUGUGGCUCUUCAACAUCACUGCUGAUCCCUAUGAACGAGUGGAUCUCUCCACAAGGUAUCCAGAUGUAGUGAAGCAGCUGCUGCGGAGGCUUUCACAGUUCAAUAAGACAGCAGUUCCCGUUCGAUACCCACCGAAGGACCCUCGGAGUAACCCGAAGCUGAAUGGAGGAGUCUGGGGUCCGUGGUUUAAAGAGGAUGAGAAGAAAAAGAAAGCUGAUAAAAGUAAAGGUGUGAAUAAGCAAAAGAAGAACAAGAAAAAAACAAAUCAGAAAAAAGGACAGUCGUUACAUUGCCGUUCACGUCUUGCUGGUGGAUAGACUCUAAGCACGCUCUUUUGCCAAGUCCAAGUCAGCUUAGCCAAACUUCUUGAACUUCAGACAGAAUAUACUAGAAAUGCUAGCUCUGGACUGUGGAUGAAGGUUGUCAUCUUUAAUUUUGUUCUGUGAUUUCACCAGCACAGGAUAUGUCAAAGCUUCGCCUUGAGUGUACGUAAGCAUCUACAUGACAAACUUUCUCCUCUACAGGAUGAAUGGUGCUUGCCCAUCACUGCUAAAUUCUAGAUAACAGCAGCAGUAAUAUCUCAUUUCUGUAAACUAAUUUUUGAUGGACAAAUGGUGGUUUCUUGCCUAAAUUAGUUGGAAUAUUUGGAGAGUAUGGAGAUGUUAGUGGCAGAUGUUCUCAAAUUUACAAGAUGAUUCAUAGAGGGAAAGGGAAAACAAAACUUGAGAAACUCCGUGGGUCAGAAAGUGUUAAGUCACCAAGCCAUGACCUUCUCUGAUACAACAGCAAAAACCUAAAGCCACCAGAGUAACUUCUUGGAGGUGCUGGGCAGGGGGCCAUGGCCAUGAUGGGAGGAAAGCUGCUUUGAAUUAGACUUUGUCUUACAUAAAUCAGAAAUAUUUUUUAAAUGUCCUAGAUGUGCUAAGCUCCCCCCAUUUGUAAUAAAACAAGAAGGUUGUUAUUCAACACAUAUGAAGAGCUAGCACAUGCCAGAUAUAAUUUAUUAUAGGCAUAGAGAAAAACAUAUCACCAAAGUGAAUGUAAUAUUUUAACACUUUAAGAUAACUAUACAGCAAUAUGUAAAAGACAUUAUUUAUUUUACAGCACAGUACUUAUUUCUCCUCCAUUAAAACUGUAAUUAUGGGCUGAUGCAAGGUACCCCUUGGGUGCUAGGGUUGUUCGUUUUUUUUUCCUUUGAUUUUUAAUUUUAUUUCCACUCUGUUAUUCAGAGAUUUUAUUUAACAGAUCCAUAUCCUUAGAGUACUGUAAAAGAAAAUACUGUAUACACUGCUAGGAUGAGAAAGGAGAAUGAUUCAGGUGCAUCAUUUCAUUAUGUAUUUGUCUCCAAUUAUUUUGAAUGUAACAAAAUUAUUAUUUAAUUUAGUAGUCUCAUGAAUAUUAUUCACUUUCUGUACAGAAGCUAGGCCAUCUUCAUGUUUGGGGGGAAAUUCUACUUUAAACCUUUUAUUUAUGUAUCUAUUAAAAUGGUUUAAUUUUUAUGGCAUUCAUAAAAGUAACCUGCCUCUUUUUUUUUGCAUUAAAUGCAGCAAUUCUGUUCUUGUUUGUUUUAAAUACUCAUAUUUUAAAAAACUUAUUUUUAAAACUCAGCUUUUUAUUACUAUUAUUUUUGGUUCAGGGAUGAUAUUUUAGACCAUUUCAUUUCUGAAACAGAAUUUCUUCUUCCAAUAUGUACAUCAUGUGAGACACAGUUCAAACUUUGCCCUUUUCCAAGGUGUCUGCCUAGAUGAUUAAUGGCUGUACUGACUGCAUAUUCUUGGUGAUCUGUGAUAAUUGAUACAAUGAAUACACACAUAUAAGUUUCAAGAUAAAUUAUGUUAAGUAAAA